UGUCUUGGUGGCUAAGAUUAGAAUCAUACUGCAGCAUAUAUAUGACAAUGCUGUAUAAGGUCUAAAGUAUAUGAAUAGCUAGCACUGUUCUUGACAUACUUUGUUUGAAGAUCGAUUAGCCAUGUCGAGCUCAUCCUCAGAUUCAGAUGAACAGCCGCUAUCUCCAAUAAGAUUGUUUGGUCGUCAAAGAUCCUUGCAUCAGAUCCUUGGAGGGGGAAAAGUUGCAGACAUACUACUGUGGGAAAACAAGAAGUUAUCUGCUACCAUCCUAAUAGGCGUCACAAUUAUAUGGCUCCUUUUUGAAGUGGUGGAAUACAAUUUCAUCACUCUUCUAUGUCACAUCUCUAUCAUUAUGAUGUUAAUUAUGUUUAUUUGGUCCACUGGGGCAGGAUUAGUUGAUUGGAAUCCCCCAGAUUUGCAUGCUAUAACAGUGCCUGAAGCUACAUUCAGAUGGCUGUUUGCCAAAAUCAACUGGAUAUUGUUAAAUUUGUAUGACAUUUCAUCUGGAAAAGAUAUAAAAACAUUUUUUCUGGCAAUCACUUUCCUCUGGAUGUUGUCAAUUAUCGGAAGCUCUUUCAGCUCUUUGAACUUCUUAUACAUUGGCUUUCUCAGCUUGGCAACUUUACCAGCUUUAUAUGAGCGUCAUCAAAAUGAAGUGGAUCAUCUCGCAAGCCAAGGGAAGAGGGAAAUGAAGAAAUUGUACAAGAAAUUUGAUUCAAAAAUCCUUAGCAAGAUUCCAAGAGGGCCAGUGAAACAGAAGAAGGGAUACUAAAGUUGGAGAAAAUCAGGAAACUAACUUGUGAAGAAAUUGCCUGUCCCUAUUUCAUAACCACUUUGAUAUGUUGCCUAGACAGCAAGACAUAUUUGAAGUAAAAAAAGAAAAAUUACUUCUUCAAAAGAAGAUGGAUAAUGAUUAACUUUUUACAGCUGUAAAGUAUUCAUUCUUAAUUUUCUUUGAUCUGUCAGGAGUAUGAGUUUAUCUGUUUAGCACUUUAGCUUCAAGGUCAAUUUCAUGGUAAUGAUGGGAAGAAAACAAAAUGGACGGUUGA